ACCUCACUCCGCCUCUAGGGUUUCUGCUUCAUUACACUCAGUCACAACAGAGGCCUUUGAUUUCAACCUUCUUCAGCUAAGUUGUCAAGAUGUUCACUUCAAGGAAGAAAAUCAGCAAGGACAAGGGUGCCGAGCCAACUGAAUUUGAGGAAUCAGUUGGACAGGCAUUGUUUGAUCUUGAAAACACCAACCAUGAGUUGAAGAGCGAGUUGAAAGAUUUAUACAUAAACUCUGCAGUCCAAGUUGAUGUUUCUGGCAACCGCAAGGCUGUUGUUAUUCAUGUCCCAUACAGAUUGAGGAAGGGUUUCCGCAAAAUUCAUGUCAGGCUUGUUAGGGAGCUUGAGAAGAAAUUUAGCGGCAAGGACGUAAUCCUGAUUGCCACCAGGAGAAUUGUAAGACCCCCAAAGAAGGGUUCAGCUGCUCAGCGCCCCCGCAGCAGAACACUCACUGCUGUCCAUGAGGCAAUGCUGGAGGAUGUUGUAUUGCCUGCUGAGAUUGUUGGGAAAAGAAUUAGGUACCGAGUUGAUGGAUCCAAGAUCAUGAAGGUGUUUUUGGACCCCAAGGAGAGAAACAACACUGAGUACAAGUUGGAGACAUUUUCUGCAGUUUAUAGGAAAUUGUCUGGCAAAGAUGUUGUGUUUGAGUAUCCCAUUACCGAGGCUUAGAUUCUUAGCUUCUGUUUCCCAGUUUUGAAUUUGCUUCAUGAACUGCAUAUGAUGGAUGCUGCCAGUUAAAUUUUGUUUAAGUUGCCUUUAAUUCUGAAUUUUGUUUGGUGACUUUAAAAAGUAUUUUGUGGCCUAGUUAAGCAAUGUAGCUUUUGAUAUAUUUAUCUGAUUGAAA